AUGGCGAUAACCUGUCUGAGUAAAAUCAUGGACCAAGAUCAACGGCAUGACCACCUACGAAGGAAAAACCUGUUUCCUUUCUCCAAGCUUCGCGGCUACCUUCAAUGUCAUAUAGAAGCGAUAUGUGCCGAAGACGACGCCAAGUUACAGCGCGUGCUGACCGAUAUCGAAGCCGAUAUGCGUCCUUUUUACAUUUACCUAGCCAGAAUGGCAUUUCUUUCCACGCUGGCAUCGAGCGAAAGCGGAGGCGCAUAUCUCGUUCAGUUGGGUGCCAUUAACGGACUGGCGAACUGUCGUUGUUUUGGUUUUGUACCUGCGUCGGCUCAGCUGUGGCAUAACGAAACCAACGAUGAUGGAACACAAAGUCUAGCUUCUCGGUAUGAGUACGUCUUCUCGGCAGCGUUGAAUUUCUGUCUAUCAGCAAUCAUCGGAACCGGCAACAAGAACAUCCAGACGAUGACACAAAUGAUACACUUCCUUGUGACGAACCAGGACAUUUUUAACUUAUUAUUCCAAAGUUUCGAACGUUCUGAUAUUUCGCUGGUGAAGCUAAAACUGCAGGAAAAGGCAGUUGCUGCCAUCACGCAGUGCCUUUCUGCUGGAAACCUCAGAGAUAUUCCUAAUGGGUUGAAGAUGCAGAUCAGCAUGUUCGGCCGGUCACUUUUCCGUCUGUUGCCACGCGUGUGUCGGUUUCCCGACUGGAUUCGGGAAGCCACCGACGGCAAAUGUCAAAGCAGCCGAGCAAUUCGGAGUGAGGUUCUGAUACUGCUUACGGUCGGUCACGUGAUCCGAUGGUGUGCGAACAAGUUGCCACAACUUGGAGGAGACCCAUCUUUCCAGUUAAUGUUUAUGCCAAGUUAUUGGGGUGGCGUUAAAUCGUCCGAUGCCAGCACGGACGAUUUGUUCGAGUUGUGUCGCAGCUGUUACGCUCACUGUAAGAUGCUAAGCGGCCGUCAGUCGAAAUUCCGUAAGAUGUUUGCCGAUCUCAAGGAGAUGUCUUACGACGAGCUGCAGACUGUGAGUGUUUUUUACUCAUUCAAGUUCGUAAUAUUGUCGACUGAAACCUUUUCUGUUCCCACGGUGCAUUUUUUUUAAUA